AUGGAGGAGCAAUUGGUCCUUGCGUCGACGCCUGCAGAAGGCGUACGCGUCCUCGCGUUAAACAGACCCUCCAAGCGAAACGCCCUCUCGCAGGAGCUCAUUACCGUGUUUCUGGAACUGCUGAACACGGCGUCCAGGGACGAUGGCGUGCGAGUCAUUGUCAUCACCGGCAGCUCUUCUUUCUUCUGCGCGGGAGCUGAUAUCGGGGAGAUCUCGCGGCUCGAUGCGGAAGACGCGCGGGGCUGUCGCUAUCUGGCGGACCUUUGCUCGGGGAUGCAGGCCGUGCGCAAGCCCUUGAUAGCGGCUGUUGAGGGAAUGGCGCUCGGAGGGGGCUUUGAGCUUGCCCUCAUGUGUGACCUGAUCUUUUCCGCGGACGGAGGCCGCUUCGGCCUUCCAGAAGUCAAGAUUGGUCUCAUCCCUGGCGCUGGCGGUACACAGCGUCUGACAAACGCUGUGGGAAAGUACAAGGCCAUGCAGAUGAUCCUCCUUGGCCAGCCCAUAUCAGCGGAAGAGGCCCGGUCCGUGGGUCUUGUCGCACAGCUGUAUGAGAGCGGCAAAGUCCUCGAGCACGUUGUGAAGGAUCAUGCAUCGACGCUUGCGGCCCUGAGCCCCACGGCGCUGGGCUUGGCUAAAGAGGCUAUCUGUAGAUCUGAUGAUUUGGGGGUCGAUCAUGAGUUUGAGAGGAGUUUGUAUUACUUUGCGUUUGGGACCGGGGAUAAGCGAGAGGGUGUCAAGGCGUUCUUGGAGAAGAGGAAGCCAGAGUGGGGGCCUAGGUAA